AUGGGCAAGCGAGCGCUCUGCGUCGGGGUGAACUAUCCCGGCCAGGAGUACCAGCUGUAUGGUUGCGUCAAUGACUGCCUCGACUGGGAGAGGAUGUUGAAAGAGGCGUACGAGUUUGAAGAAACGCGGGUGCUGAUUGAUCAGUAUCCUGAUGGCACGCCCACAGAGUCGGGAGCGCAGCUGCCCACGCGUGCGAACAUCCUGGCACAGCUGGGAGGUUGGCUCGUCGCCGGCGCUCAGCCGGGGGACGUCCUCGUCUUCGUCUUCGCAGGGCACGGAUGUCAGGCGCGACCCGAUGAGAGAGUUUAG